GGAAGAGGUCCAGAAGCCUCAGCGUGCACAUCGCAGCAGACACCUGAAACGUUUCAACUCCAGAUGGCAAUCCAUGAGGUCCAGUGGGAGCUGCAACAUUCCUGUCUCUGCAAUAGAAAAACUACAUGCUGCAAAGAGCCAUAAAAAGCGCUGCAAACUCCUGGGUGAUGAAAACUCGUCACACGUCGCAAGCAGCAAUCAACGGCAGCGCUACGUCACCAAGGAUGGCAAGUGCAGGGUCAACCUGGGACCCAUCGAAGACAAGAGUCGCUUUAUUUCAGACAUUUUCACCACAUUAGUGGACCUCAAGUACCGCUGGUUCCUUCUUGUCUUCACUAUGUGCUACAUUCUCACAUGGGUGGUCUUUGGGGGGAUCUAUUUCAUUGGUGCCUGGUUGCGUGAUGAUAUUGAACAUGUUCAUGACCCCGAGUGGCAGCCCUGUUUCCAGAAUGUAGAUGGUUACCUUGCAGCCCUGCUGCUGUCUUUGGAGAGCCAGAGAACUAUUGGGUACGGCUACAGGAUGGUGACGGCACACUGCCCAGAGGGCACCUUGCUCCUGAUGGUCCAGUCCAUCCUGGGCUCCAUCAUCGACGCUCUGAUGGUCGGCUGCAUGUUUGUUAAAAUCUCACGGCCGCAGCAGAGAGCCCAGACACUGAUCUUCAGCAAGCACUGUGUCAUCUGUGAGCGCGAUGGGAAGUUGUGCUUGCUCUUCCGUAUCGGCGAUCUGAGAGAGAGCCACAUGGUGGAUGCCAAGAUCCGGGCCAAGCUGAUCAAGUCCCGGCAGACGAAGGAGGGCGAGUUCAUCCCACUGGAGCAGUCGGAAAUCAAUCUGGGCUACGACACUGGAGGAGACCGACUUCUCCUGGUGGAGCCUCAGACCAUCACUCAUAUCAUCAAUGAAAGCAGCCCCUUCUGGGAGGUGGGGGCCCAGCAACUGACAAGAAAAACAUUUGAGAUUAUAGUCAUCCUGGAGGGGAUAGUGGAAGCAUCAGGUAUGACAUGUCAGGCGAGGACAUCCUACUGUGAGGAUGAGAUCCUGUGGGGCCAUCGGUUUGAGUCAUGUAUUACUCUGGAGUUAGGAGCAUUUCGUGUGGACUACAGCUCUUUUGACAAAACAUUUGAAAUCCAGAUGUCUCAACUCAGCGCAAAAGACAGAAGCUUUGUGAAAGAACAAGAAGUCGUGUUUUAGUGGUUACAAUACUUUAAUAUCAGUAGUUCAUAACAUGUGUAGAGAGAUGUUUUGUUUUUGACUAAG